GACGUCACCUUUGACGAGUCGGUUCCUUACUACCGUCUCUUCCCCUACCGCACUGCGCCCCUCCCCCCGCCGCCGCUCUUCCUUGCGCUAGGUCCCCCCCCGGUAGACCCUCUCCCCCCUCAGGGUCCUGCCCCGUCAGGUGUGUCCCAGGUAGACGCAGUCGAGCCUGUCGAGGUAGCUGUUGACUCUGGUGCUGCUAGGGGUGCUGAGCCUGCGGGUGCGGGGUCUGGGGGUGCUGAGCCUGGGGGUGCUGGGUCUGGGGGUGCUGAGCCUGGGGGUGCUGAGCCUGGGGGUGCGGAGCCUGGGGUCUGA